CGGCAGGACGGGCUCCCAGGCCUCGCCGUGCAGUGGGGCGCCAUCGGAGACGUGGGCCUCAUCCUGGAGGCGAUGGGCUCCAACGACACGGUCAUCGGCGGGACGCUGCCUCAGCGGAUGAGCUCCUGCUUGGGGGUGCUGGAUCUCUUCCUGAGCCAGCCCUACCCCGUCCUGAGCAGCUUUGUGCUGGCUGAGAAGAAGACCGCCGCCCAGGGAGACCGCGGCACCCAGCAGGACCUCAUGAAGGCCAUGGCCCACAUCCUGGGCAUCCGAGACGUGGCCACCGUCAACUUGGACAGCACGCUGGCAGACCUGGGCCUGGACUCGCUCAUGGGCGUCGAGGUGCGACAGAUGCUGGAGCGUGAGCAUGACCUGUUGCUGUCCAUGCGGGACAUCCGGCAGCUCUCGCUCCGCAAGCUGCAGGAGCUUUCUUCAAAGGGCAGCCCGGCGAAAAAGCUGGCGGCCACCACGCCCAAGAACAGCAGCCCGGCCAGUCAGCAGGCCCAGCCGAACCUGAGCACCCUGCUGGUGAACCCGGAGGGCCCCACCUUGACGCGGCUCAACUCGGUGCAGAGCUCUGAGCGACCGCUGUUCCUGGUGCACCCCAUCGAGGGCUCCGUCACUGUGUUCCACAGCCUGGCUGCCAGGCUCAGCAUCCCCACCUACGGCCUGCAGUGCACCCGAGCCGCGCCCCUGGACAGCAUCCAGAGUCUGGCCGCCUACUACAUCGAGUGCAUCCGCCAAGUGCAGGCCGAGGGGCCCUACCGCAUCGCCGGCUACUCGUACGGGGCCUGCGUGGCCUUCGAGAUGUGCUCACAGCUGCAGGCCGCACAGCCCGGCCCCGCCCCCGCACACAACAGCCUCUUCCUGUUCGACGGCUCGCACUCCUACGUGCUGGCCUACACGCAGAGCUACCGCGCCAAGAUGACCCUGGGCUGCGAGGCGGAGGCUGAGACCGAGGCCAUGUGCUUCUUUGUGCAGCAGUUCGUGGACGUGGAGCACGACAGGGUGCUCGAGGCACUGCUGCCCCUCCGGGGCCUGGAGGAGCGCGUGGCGGCCACCGUAGACCUCAUUGUGCGCAGCCACGCCGGCCUGGACCGCCGGCAGCUGAGCUUUGCCGCGCACUCCUUCUACCACAAGCUGCGUGCGGCGGAGCAGUACGCGCCGCGGGCCACCUACCACGGCAACGUGACGCUGCUGCGCGCCAAGACCAGCAGCCUGUACGGCGAGGGCCUGGGCGCCGACUACAACCUGUCCCAGGUGUGCGACGGCAAGGUGUCCGUGCACGUGGUCGAGGGUGACCACCGCACGCUGCUGGAGGGCAGCGGCCUGGAGUCCAUCCUCAGCAUCAUCCACAGCACCCUGGCCGAGCCCCGCGUCAGCGUGCGGGAGGGCUAGCCGCCCCCACGCCCCGG